AUGGAAAGGGAAAGUGGUUAUCAUGGAACUGAGGGUGAAGCCACUUAUGUUCCUGUUGAGGCUGAAGUAGAACAACCUAUGCAGGGUGGUAUGAGAAGAGAACAGGAGUGCUUAACUGGUAUGCAGAAAAUGGAAAAGGCUAUAAUAGACUUGGCAGAACAAAACAAACUAUUUAUGGCGAGUCAAAUGAUGAUACAAGAAAGGCUGGAAAGACAACAGAAAUGGAAGAAAGGCUCUGAGUAUGAGAGGUUUAUCAAGUUAACACCCCUAGAAUUUUUAGGUACUACCAAACCAGAAGAAGCAGAGGGGUGGGUAAGAAGAAUGGAAUCGAUAUUUGUAGUGAUGGGUGCAGCAGAAGACCAGAAGGUAAACUUAGCUACAUUUAUGUUCAAAAAUGAAGCUAGUUAUUGGUGGGACACGACAAAACAUUUGUUGCUCACUCCAGGAGAGAAAGAAGUGAUAUUCUGGAAUCCAUUUGUUAAAGCUUUUUAUGAGAAAUAUUUCCCUCCAAUUUACAGAAAAGAGAAGGAACGGGAGUUUAUUCUCCUAAAACAAGAUAGAAUGUCUGUGGUUGACUAUGAAGUUAAGUUUACAGCUUUAUCGAGGUUCGCACCCAAGUUUGUACAGAAUGAAGAAGAUAAAUGUACAAAAUUCCAGGAUGGUUUAGAGGCGGCUAUUAAGUCUAGAGUUUCAGUGUUUGAGGAAACAAAUUACAACAGACUUGUGAAUAAAGCCAUGAUUGCCGAAAGGGAUGUGAAAGAAUUGCAAGAAAGAAGGGAACAAUACAAAAGAAAUAGAUCUGAGCCGUCACAGUCAAGAGGAGGUGAAGGAAUUGCAAGUCAGAAAAGUCAAAGGUCGCGGUAUGGAAGGGGAAGGGGUGGUGAAUCUCAAGGCCAGACAUCAAGUAUUGGAAGAGGUCAAGGGUUUUCCGAACAACAAUCUGUACAACAAGGUAGUUUUGGAGGACGUGGUACUGGCAGGGGGUGUUUUCAGUGCGGAAAGGAAGGUCACCAGAAGAAGGAUUGUCCUAUCUUGAAAGCAGAAGAGUGCUAUCAUUGCCAUCAGCCGGGUCAUCGGAGGAGAGAUUGUCCUAUGUUGACAGGAAUGACCUCAGUGGGCAGUGUUGCUGGUUCUGGUAGAGGUUUUGCACAGGGGAACUCGUCAAGAGGAGGUAAGGGUGUUACAAGUGGUUCGCAAGCCCAGGGAAGAGUGUUUGCUAUGACACUUCAGGAUGCUCAAGCAACACCAGAAGUGGUGACAGGUACACUUUCUAUUUUGGAUAGAAAUGUUACUGUGCUUAUUGAUCCUGGCUCAACCCAUUCAUUUGUUGCAUCAUCUAUUGCUAUGCAUUUGGGUAGACCACUUUCAUCAUUAGACAGUAAAUUGUUUAUUUCUACACCAAUGGGAGAAGUGGUAGUGGUUGCAAAUGAAUACCGGGAUUGUGUGUUACAAUUGGGAGAUAGACAGUUAAAGGUAAAUUUGAUACCGUUGGGUAUUCCAGAUUUUGAUAUCAUUUUGGGUAUGAAUUGGCUAUCUGCGUAUCAUGCUUCAAUAGACUGUUUUCGGAAAGAAGUUGUUUUUCAGAUACCAGGGGAGCCAGAAUUUAGAUUUACAGGAGAAAGAAAUGUUAUUCCAAACUGUCUCAUUUCAGCUAUACAAACCAGGAAGUUGUUGAAGAAAGGGUGUCAGGGUUACUUGGCUUAUGUGGUUGAUACUGAAAAUAAAGAUAUGACACUUGAAAAUGUACCAGUGGUAAGGGAAUUCACAGAUGUGUUUCCAGAAGAAUUACCAGGGUUGCCAGUGGACAGGGAGGUAGAUUUUACCAUUGAGUUGGUACCAGUCAGAAAUAAGUAUCCAUUGCCACGAAUUGAUGAUCUGUUUGAUCAGUUGCAAGGGGCAAAGGUGUUUUCUAAGAUUGAUUUGAGGUCAGGAUAUCACCAGUUGAAGGUAAAGGAUAGUGAUAUUUCGAAAACUGCUUUUCGAACUCGAUAUGGUCAUUAUGAGUUUUUGGUAAUGCCUUUUGGGUUAACCAAUGCUCCAGCGGUGUUUAUGGAUUUAAUGAAUCGAGUAUUUCAUCGGUACGUUGAUUCUUUUGUUAUUGUCUUCAUCGAUGAUAUUUUGAUAUAUUCUCGGAGGUUUUCUAGUAUCGCAUUACCAUUGACAAAGUUGACCCGGAAAGAAGUAAAGUUUGUGUGGGGUGAGGAAUGCCAAAGAAGUUUUGAAGAAUUGAAGAAAAAGUUAACGUCAGCCCCAGUGUUAACUAUUCCGUGUGGUGGUGAAGGUUUUGUGAUUUACACUGAUGCUUCACAUCAGGGUCUGGGAGGUGUUUUGAUGCAAAAUGGUAAAGUAAUUGCAUAUGCUUCUAGACAAUUGAAGAAUCAUGAAUUGAAUUAUCCUACACAUGACUUGGAGUUAGCUAGUUUGAAGUAUUUGUUUACACAGAAGGAUUUAAAUUUGAGACAGAGGCGUUGGAUGGAGUUAAUCAAAGAUUAUGAUUGUAAUAUCCACCAUCAUCCUGGAAAAGCCAAUGUAGUAGCAGAUGCCUUGAGUAGGAAGUCUUCAGGGAGACUAUCUUGUGUACAGUGUACACGGGUGGCAAAUGUUAUGGAAUUGAGACUGAUGGGAGUUGAAUUGACAGUUACUAACAAAGGAGCAUUGUUUGCACAUGUCACGGUGAGACCUUUGUUGCUGGAUAGAAUUAAAGAGCUGCAAAUACAUGACGUAUUCCUAGAUAAGAAAAGAAAAGAAGCUCAAGAAGGUAUGCAAACUGAAUUUAUAGUUAGGGAUGAUGGGAUUUUGUAUUUUAAAAGUCGAAUUUGUGUUCCAAAUGAUGUUUCCUUGAAGAAAGAUAUUUUAGAUGAAGCCCACAGUUCUAUAUAUGCUAUGCAUCCGGGGAGUACUAAAAUGUACAGGGAUUUGAAAGAAUACUAUUGGUGGAACAAUAUGAAGCGUGAAAUUGCAGAAUUUGUAGCAAAGUGUUUGAUAUGUCAACGAGUGAAAGCUGAACAUCAGAAACCAGCGGGGUUGUUGCAGCCAUUACCAGUUCCACAGUGGAAAUGGGAGCAUGUAACCAUGGAUUUUGUGACGGGACUUCCAAGAUCAAAACGAGGACAUGACUCUAUUUGGGUGAUAGUUGAUCGAUUGACGAAAUCAGCUCACUUUCUGGCAGUAAAAACUACUUAUUCUACAAAGGAAUAUGCUCGUUUGUAUGUUGAUGUGAUCAUAUGUUUGCAUGGGGCUCCAGUUUCUAUUGUUUGUGACAGGGAUCCGAAGUUCACUUCGAGAUUUUGGUAUAGUUUGCAUGAAGCCAUGAAAACUUCUCUGAAGUUUAGUACAGCUUUUCACCUGCAGACAGAUGGGCAGUCAGAACGAACUAUUCAGAUUUUGGAAGAUAUGUUGAGAGCUUGUGUGUUGGAUUUCAAAGGUAAUUGGGAUGAUUAUUUACCGUUGAUUGAAUUUGCCUAUAAUAAUAGUUAUCAGUCUACUAUUGGAAUGGCACCGUAUGAAGCUUUGUAUGGGAGAAAAUGUAGAACUCCAUUGUGUUGGGAUGAGGUGGGGGAAGGAAAGUUAUUGGGUCCAGAAUUGAUUGAACUUACAACAGAAAAAGUGAAGAUAAUUCAGCAGCGUAUGAAAGUGGCACAGGAUAGACAGAAAAGUUAUGUAGAUGUGCGAAAAAGAAGAGAUUUGGAAUUUGAAGUUGGUGAUUUUGUUUUUCUUCGUAUUUCUCCUUGGAAAGGUAUUAUGAGGUUUGGAAAGAAAGGUAAGUUAAGUCCCAGAUACAUUGGACCUUACAAGAUUCUGGAACGAAUAGGAGCAGUGGCGUAUCGGUUGGAAUUACCAAAAGAAUUAUCAAGAUUGCAUGAUGUUUUCCAUGUGUCUAUGCUUCGAAAGUAUAUAUCGGAUCCAUCUCAUGGUUUAGUUGCAGAACCGAUAGAGUUGAAGGAAGAUUUGACUUAUGUAGAGGAACCGGUACAGAUUGUGGAUCGCCGGGAGCAAGUGCUACAGAAUAAAACUAUAUUACUGGUAAAGGUAUUGUGGAGGGGUCAUACGAUUGAAGAAGCGACUUGGGAAAGUGAAGAAGUUAUGCGAAUGCAAUAUCCUCACUUAUUUGGCAAGGAGAAAGAGCAAACAACUUCGACCCUAUCAAAGGAUAAGUGAAUAAAUUGGGAAGUAGUCAAGGUACAAGGUUGGGUCGCUACUGCCAGGUCUAGAAUUUUUGAGUGGGAAUGGGAAAAAGAACAAUGGAACGUCUUUUGUUUAAUAUGUAAAUAUUGUAAUAGAAUUUAAUAGUAUAAGUUGCCG